AUGUCUAAUGAAGAGAAGGCCAUUGGGCUUAUAGCUCAGGCGGAAAAGAAAGUGAAAUCUUCUCAGGGGUUUUUAGGUGGAUUAUUUGGGUAAGUCAUGAUCAGUCAGUGAAAUUGGUAUAUCUGUGUAAUGAUGAGUUGUUUGAGAUCUUUCAGAGAGUAAUCAGGUUUUAUACCUUUUACAAUAUUUUGUCCAUUUUUGUAGGGGCACUUCGAAACUGGAAGAUGCGGCUGAAUUGUACGUUAGUGCAGGAAACAUGUUCAAGAUGGCACAAAAAUGGAGUGGUAGGUAUCUUAAGCCGCUUGCAUAGACUGUCAGCUGGGCUUUGUAAGUAUCCUUACUGUGUUGCUCAGUACUGUAAUAUGGCUCGCACUAUUGAAGGAUCAAAAGUCAUCAAACAUACCACUUUCCAAUUAUUCAGUGGCGUGAGUGUUAUUUACAGGGCCUCAAAGACAAACGUUUGUGUUCAGCUAUAUAUAAAUCAUGACUACAUACAUGCAGAGGCUUGAUACAGGAAGGUCAUGAGGACAUAUCUUCCUUCACAGUACAUGAAAUAGAUGGUUUUAUAUAAGCUUAAAAGUGUGGGAUUCAUUGGCAGAACCCCAAAAUGAACACGGAUUUCUUGUGUAUUUUAUUUUCAAGCUCAAGAAUUUAAUUGAAAAUUAAGUCAAAAUCAGAGUUGUAACUGAGCUUUUGCUGUUCCUUAUCAUUAUACAGGGUGCAAAGAAAGUCAUUUUUACAGCUUGCCGUUCGGGCAAGCUGAAGCUAGCGUUUACUAGCCCAGAUGUCAUUUCAACUAGCCCCAGACACUUUUUGACGAGCAGAAUUGAUUUCAUAGUUCUUCUGUUAUUCGGAUUGCUCAAAAAACCUCACUUGCCCAUCGGGUAAGUUAACAACAGAAUUCACUAGCUCAAUAGCAAAAUCCACUAGCCCCGGGUUAUCGGACACUACUUUCUUUGCACGCUGAUUACAUCAUGGUUUUUAUUUAUUACAUCUUGAUUGCAGCUGCUGGUAGGGCAUUUAUGGAAGCAGCUCAACUACAAAUCACUUUACAGUCCAAACAUGAAGCAGGGCAACGUUUUGUUGAUGCUGGGAACUGUUUUAAAAAGACUGAUGUAGAAGGUAAGUUUGGGUAUUUUCUCGUUAAACUACAAAGUUGACAUCAUAGCAUAAUGUGCUGCAUCCAAGGAGGCAUUGUAACAGAAGUGGUAGAAGGAUUAACAGGAUUUCUUACUUCUAACAAUUAUUUAUCAAUGGUAAGAAAUCCUCUGAUUCCUUCUUUAUUCUUAGGCAAAAUUCAACAAACAGUUGUUGACUAAGAAUACUGUUUCUCAUCAAUGAAAACAUGAAACUGAAUUUCCUGAAACUCUGAACAAAUAAUUGAGGAUUAAAGUUUUAUUUAAAAGCACUAUGUAGUGUUAAACUGUCAAGCUGUGAUAUAUUUAAGCUGGGGAUGUUACCUGACCUUGAAUAGACCUUUGUCACUCGGUGACCAUUUUGUCUCAGGAGAUUUGAAAAGCUUUGUUUAUGCACAACUAGCCUAGUAGAGAGAACGAGGCUAGCCAUGCAUAAACAAAGCUUUUUCAAUCUCCUGAGACAAAAUGGCUGUCAUGUGACAAAGCUAGGUCUGUAUAGUCAAGCAUCUCCUUUUGGCACCUUUGUGAUACAGGCACCUUUCUGUAGUGGACAAUUCAGUUGCAGGUCCCAUAAAUACCAAACAUUUUACCUUCCCUACUAGUGUCACAUAUACUAUGAUCAAGGGGAAGGGUACAGGGGUUACAGCAGGCCCCAACUAAAUGCACCCAUCAUAUCAGAUAAUUUUUUUUGGAAUUUUAAAAGUAAUGGUUUUAUAUUGAAGCUGUAAUUAUUGCUAUCACAGGAUUGAAGAUAAAAGUUUAGUAUGUACUUAAUGUUAUGGCAAUACAGCUCUAUGAUUGGCUGUAAAUAGUUCCAACAUUAAGCACAAGUUUGAACCCAUCCAAACCGCCUCCCUCCCCCACCUGGAGCUGUCCUUGUAUACCUCUAAGGAUACCUUCAUGAUGCAAGCAGCUGUCCCUACAAAUUACAAUGGUCCAUUAUUAUUCUUCUAUUGUUGCUUAAUUGCAAUGCAUCUUUCUGUCAACUUAUUUUUAUUGUCUUUUGGUCUGUAGAAGCUGUGAGGGCUUUUGAAAUGGCCAUCAACAUUUACACAGACAUGGUAUGAAAGUAAACUAAUUGACACAGCUAGAAGCUUUACUUAAACCUGAUCCUUGAAUGACAUCAUCACCAAUUUAUACUAAACUGUACAUUACAAAACCAAGACUAGUAAUAUUGAUACUUAACAACAGUACUGAAGUACAGUUUCAUAAUCUGUACAAAAAAAAACUUGUGAAGGGUGGAUGGGUGGGGCAGGAUGGCAUUGGUGGAUUGCAGCAAACCAAGAAACAAAAAACUGAAUCUUGAGCAAGCUACUGUAUGUGACCAGAACACACUAUAACCUAUAUCUCCCAGCUGUGUGUGAGAAAAAUCAGAUCCUCAGCCUCCUCCUGCAACCUAUUACUUUAAAAAUUUGCAUUAGCAUUGUUUAAUACUGAUCCAAAGAAAAACCAUUGCAAAACAAUUGAAACAUACAAAAUCCAUUUUGUUUUAUUAGUUGAUCUGGAAGGGGCAGCCAUGGAUCCAGCUCAUUGUUGAAUAGUACACAUUAGUUCUAAUAAUUGAUGAUAAUAAUUUAUUAUUUGCAAAUUUCCCAGUAAGAAUAUGGGUUUGUUGCAUAUGUCAGAUCUCUCGAGCACUGUAAAUGUUUUUAUCUUAUCCACAAUAAGUUAUUUAAAUUGUUUUCCCAUAAAACCCAAGUAUUGAAGCCUGAAAAAUUGCUUUAAUGGCCUUUUCUCCUUUCAAAAUUUUAAAAAAAUACCUUAUAAAUGAUUGUUUUUUAGGGCCGAUUCACCAUGGCUGCUAAACACCACAUAACUGUAGCCGAGAUUUAUGAGGGAAAUUCUUCUGAUCUUGAAAAGGUGAGAAAUUAUUAACAAAGGUUGCAAGAGGCAAUGAGUUUGAAGUGAUUAAUACUUGGUGGAAGGCUUUUAGCAGCGUGCAAAGAACGUUGUUUCCGAUAGCCUGGGGCUAGUGGAUUUUGCUAUCGGGCUAGUGAUUUUUGUUCUUAACUUACCCAAUGGGCAAGUGCUGUUUUUUGGGGAAAUUCAAAUUACUGAAGUAUUGUAAUCAAUCCUGUUAAUUAUAAAGGGUUUUGGGGAUAGUUGAAAUGACUUGUGGGCUAGUACAUGCUAGCUACAGCUUGCCCAAAUGGCAGGCCGUAAAACUGACUUUCCUUACACCCUGCUUUUAGCCUCAGCAGUUAACAUCCUCGUUGAUCCUCCAUUAUUCUUCAGAUCAUACAUCGCCUUGUCCAGUAAAUAUUGCUAAGUAAUCCACUAGAAAAUAACAUUAUUAUUACCACCAAAAAGGGACAUACACUGUAUUCACCUGCUUUUUUUCUUCAGGCAAUAUUUCAUUACGAACAAGCUGCUCAGUAUUACAGAGGAGAAGAAUCAAAUAGGUACAUGAAACAAAUUUUAUUUCUACUUAAUUCAGAUCUACUAAGAAGAAAUUAUAUCAUUUAUUGUCAGCUCUCACUGUUGUCUAAUGCCUGUGUUAAACACCUUUUUCUUAAUGUGCUUGAGGCAUCAACUUGAACACUUCCCCAAAGAAAUACCAGUGUUAAAUCAUGCCCUCCCUAUGUAUCUAUUAUGUCUUUCAUGGGAAGUGGGGAAUUAUACAUGUAAAAAGGCCAGAAUUUAAAGUUCCUUUGAUUGGUCCAGUCACAAUACAUCUGACACAGUUCUGUUCUGAUUGGCUGAAGAUUAGGUUUGAUUUCCCACAAGAUUACAAUACAUAGUUAAAAUACUCUCCCUGGGUUAAGUUUUGUUUUGUUUUGAUAAUAAUAUGGAAGUGAAGCUCCACCUGAUAUCACUCCAUCACAAAAAAAAGCUUGAGCUAGUUUUUCAAAAAAAUGAUAACUGAACAUAGCCAUUGUUUUGAUUUCCCUAAAUACAAAAAGAUUUGGUAGCAGACUUUUUUUGGGCCUUGUUCAAUUUGAGUGCUGACUUUGACAGGUCAACCACCUGGACCUUAAUUCAUUUUAAGUGGGGGGAAUUGUUUGUCAGCUCAUGAAGAAAAAUAAACUGUAUCAGGUGUUUUUUUUCCACCUCUCUUCUCAACCAAAAAAGGUACAGCUGAUUACAGGUUAAGGAAACACCAACAAGCCUUUCUAUUUUUGAAUACCUUCAUGCUGAUUGAUCCAUGCUACCGGUACUAUCCUUUUGCUGAUCAGGACUUGUUCACAGUUUUCCACCCAAUAAGUUAUUGCAGCAUUUUAUGUUGUAGUGUUCCAUGAGUAACAUUAUUAACCAAACCUAUUGUAAUUUUUAUUGUCAUCUGGUCGUGAUGUUAUUGUUCUUUUUAACUGCAGUUCAGCAAACAAGUGCCUUUUGAAAGUAGCUAUGUACUCAGCCCAGAUGGAAGAGUAUGCUAAGGCUCUAGAGAUAUAUGAACAGGUUUGUUUGUGUUUUUGAAAACAAGAAGAGGGAGUUUGAGAUCUGUUGACAGCGAUGGCAGCCAUAAUAAUGCUCAAAAACUGAAUUUUCAUUCUUUUAAUCUCUAUCACAAUUAUCCUAACUCGUUUAUUUUUUCAAAUGCAAGGAAACUCUUUUGGAGUUAAUUCCCUAAUAUUAUUACUGGUACCAUAUUUAAGUUCAGAAAGAGAAAGACAAUUUCAUAUUUCACUUGUUCAUGUCCUCAUUAAAAUGUGAAACCAGGCAUUCUCAUGUCAUAGCCGGGCAGUGACAGCUAAAAACUUGCAAAAAGCCUGCUGAGUGUGCAGGGUUGUUAUUUUGUCUAUUCAACCUAUUGCAUUUUUGAAGUUCUCGUUGCUGUCACCAUCAUGCCAUCUGAAACUCACAAUGUUACCCACCUCACACAAGCCAAGUCAGUGGUAAGUUGAACUUAAUUACAGGAAAAUACUUGGUGCUCCCUAUUUAUUGGUAUCUCUUUAAACAUGAGAUAUUCCAAGUAUUUAUGGUCUGAAAUACAAUACCCUUGACUCUUUGUAGCAGGAGUAUACAGUUUUUGUUGGAUGUUGCAAUGCUUUCUUUACAUAAAUACAAUGAACUACGCAUACUAGCAAAUCUGAUCGGGAAAGGCUUGUGGCUGACUGUAGCAUUUUCCAAAUAAUUCACAAGUCACUGGCUGAUGUUUGGUUUAUUGUCGAGCAAAGACCAAUAUUAUUCCUCGCGUAUUGCAGGCUUUUGACCUACUGUAUAAUGGCAUCCUCAAAUUGAACACAUUUUGCUCCAGCGAUCUUUACUUUGUUCAUAGAGAGAGGGGACUUUCAGUAUUUUUAAUUGCCUUGUACAAGUGCAAUGUUGUGUGUAUAAACAACCUUUUCCCAGUUGUUCAAAUUUUGGAUAACACCAUCCAUCAGAUAAAUCACUAUCCAGUGAAUAACGCAAUAUUAUUAUAUGGAGGAGAGUGUUUUACUGGGAACUAUGCGUAUUUUCCGUAUGUCACCUUUGUGAGUGUCGUAUCGUUCAAUGACGUCACGAUUCCCGCCUUUUGCUUUUGUUGAAUUGGUUUCUCCAUAUAAUAAAAAGAACAUUACACGUUGGCUCGAAGAUAUGUAUUUUAUGUUCUCGUGGCAAGAACAAUAUCUCACUCGUUCGCUUCGCUCACUCGUGAGAUAUUGUUCUUGCCACGAGAACAUAAAAUUCAUAUCUUCUCGCCACUGUGUAAUAUCCUCCAUAUAUUGGUUUGCCUUAUAGUGGUCCACUGGAUAUCCAGUGUCUGAACAACCGAGGCCUGGUCAUAGAUGAAUAAAAUCAUUAUUUUGUGCGUCAAAACUAACUGGAUUGUGUCAUUUAAAACCUACAGGUUGCUGCUGAUGCUAUUGAGAGUUCAUUACUAAAGUACAGUGCUAAAGAGUAUUUCUUCAAGGCAGCCCUCUGCCACAUGUGCAUUGAUAUAGUUGAGGCCCAGAGAGCAGUUGAUAAGUACUGCGAUAUGUACCCAGCAUUCCAAGACACCAGGGAAAGUAAACUUCUUAGGGUAAGUAUUAAGCAUGCGCAAGGUGUUUGCAUUCGUACAACUGGCAUGGUCUGCCAUUUGCACAUGGUUAGCUUGUUGUGCAGAUUUAAUUUACGGUUAGUAACACCAAUAUCCAUGUUCUGGGCCCCAGCGGACUCAGCAAAUUACCAGAAGCACAUUUUGAAUUUCCUCUCAUCUUGAUUGGAAAUAUGACAGUGGCAUUUUUAACAGGCCAAUCAUGGCACAUUCUCAAAUCCUGGUACACAGUUGGGGGCCCAGAACAAGGAUUUUAGUGCUGUUUCGCGGACGGACUAAACCAGAGUUAAGUUUGGUCUGUGGUGCUGGCUAGUACAUGGUCAUUCAAGCCACAUGAAGAUCGAUAAUCGAUAAUUUCUUAGUACAGCCCAGUGUGGGAGGGGAAGGUGAGAGGGGAAGGUGGAUUUGAAGGAGGUAUUUAUUUUUAAAGAAUCUCCAUUUUUUUGGUGUGGUCAAGAGUAGAAUGAGUGAACUCACUGUGUCGGAUGAUCAGGAAUCAUUUCCUAAGUCUUCCUUUUGUGUCAGCCUGGUAGCUCAGCAAUUGAGAAUGGAGGCGUAUAUUUUUUAAAUUUAUAUUGCAAUAGGGAGGCCAUAGAUUUUUAGUGCCACUGUCCCACUGUUCCCGAUUAUUUAUGGUGGUAGUAAAAUAAUGAUUGGUAUUCUAAAACCGUGUGGUUUGGUCGUGCUGAGGGGAUUGAACCACUGCAUCCCACUCUCCAGCCUUUUCCAAUAUUGAGCUAACCCUAAUGCUGAUACUCCUUAAAUGAGAUAAAGUCAAUCUAGAAUGCUUUAUUAUACAGCCAUUAAGGGGUGAGCAUGUGGUAAAUUUCUCACAGAAUGCCUGCUCCGCUAUUUUUUUUUUCAGACUCUUCUUGAAGCUAAAGAAGAAGAGAAUGUAGAAUCUUUUACGGAAGCCGUAAGUACUCUUUCACUGAAAGGAAAAUCUCUUAACGAAAAGAAUAGAUGGUAGCUGUAAAAUAUAUAAUCCCUAUCGCCAUUAGAGAGCACAAAAUUAUUUGUAUGAGUCACUCAAAAAAAAAUUCCCGGGAUAUGUGGGUACCAUUAAACCAUCCUUUGGUGCUUUGAACAGGCCCAAAAUCAUUUAAGCUUUUUACUCCGACAAAGGGCUACUGCUUAAAUCAUCAGCUCUUAGAGGAGCUGUGCCACAAAAUUAAACUAAACUUAACCCUUACCAACAUCAAUUUUCUCCUAACGAUAUCCAUACACUUUCAAGAGAUACGGUUUUGAGAAUUGGUAAAGUGAUCACCAAAGUGAAAUUGCAUUGAUCUUUUAUAAAAUUCUCUCAACCCUUUCUUUAAAGAAAUGUAUGGAGGUCAGUUUGGAGAAUUUGUAUGUGGAUAUUGGGGCUUAAAGGGUUUACCAGUAGGAACUGCCUCCAAAUUGAGUGAAACAUAAAAAUAAACUAGUCUAAACAUUAAAAGAAGGUAUAAAUAACAAGUCGAAUACAAAAGAUGACACGGGUGGACAAAGCCGGAAAACGGAUUUCAAUUGUGGGUUUUGAAAAGUUGUUAGCCUAACACUUUUUUAAAGUUUUUUGCUUUUUGUAACGUUUGAUAUAAUACUUGGAAGGCAUAUUUGUUGGACAAGAAGCUGUAAUUUUACCAUCAAUCAUAACUAUAACAAAAUUCUCAAAUCUGAUUGGCUAUUGGCUAUCAACUGUCCUGAUUUAUAAUUUAUGACUCGUGAUUUCAACAAAUCGAACUAACGCUACGCGGUAGUCCGAUUUUGUUAAUCAGUCGUAUGAUUGCAGACCGAAUUGGACUCCACUCAGUCCUAUUACCAUUAUUUACAUUUGUCAAGUACUUUCUUCGCAAGUAUUCGAUUCCAUAUUGCAUAAGGAAAAGUACCCUGUAGUUGGCAAUAUUUACAAAGUGAACUAGACAGCCGACGGUGGCAGUACAGCCCCUUUAAAUCAUUUACGUUAGGGAAUUAACUUUAUCAAAUUGCAUACCAAUAUCCCGGACCAAUAUCAUUCACAAAGGAUUCGAAGACGGAGAAAGAGCGCGAAGCGUGAGAAAAAAAGGAAGGAACUAACGUCUAUUUUCUCCUUUCCCCGCCUAACCCCGUUGCGUUGCGGUCAAUAAAUCCCCCCCGGUUUUUAUUUUCUUACGCGCGCUGAACGAUCUCCAAGGAGAAAAUCAAGAUAGAGGAACUGUAAACAAACUAGGGAAUUCGCUGUUAUUAUGGAACGUUAAGAUACUGUCAAUGAGAUACAUUAUCGUUACGAAUUUUUGUCCAUGAUUGAAGCAUACUACCUUUCUCUAUUUUAAUCAGUUCAGGGGGUAUAUUCAUUUCAUGUUAUACCAGGUCAGUGCGACAAUCUUUUCACACACUGUUUCCUUUUGUUUCCAGGUUAAGGAAUAUGACUCGAUUUCUAGACUGGACCAAUGGUUGACCACUAUUCUCUUACGGAUCAAGAAAGGAAUGAACGAGGAGCCUGACUUGACAUAA